AUUUACGAACUAAAUCCUUGGAAGAGUAACACCACAUUUCUGUGGCUGUGAUUUAGUAGCUUGUAGUCGUUAUAUCGGUAGUUUAGUGACUAAAGUCACAAGAAUACAGUAUUCGCAUAAAAGUCUGUGACAAAUAUGGGGCCUUUACUCUCAGGGCUCAUAAUUGCGAUCGUGUCCUCGGCUAUUAAAGCAUCUUUAACCGGCCUCAAUGAAACCCGAAGAUAUCCAGAAAUAAAAGCCGGCCAAAAAUGCGUGAAAGGACAAAUAUACAGGAUGGACUGCAACACUUGCCACUGCGGCGAACGGUCAACUUUACUCUGCACUAAAAUGGGUUGUCUCAACGAGUUUCAUGAAGAGGAUGGAAGGAGGUCGGAGGGGAACGGAUGUAUCCCGGGAAAGCUGUAUAAGAAGGAUUGCCAGAAAUGCUUCUGUACGGAUAAGGGGAGGGUGAAAUGUAGCAUAAAGGAUUGCAAGUUGGCUAAUAAAGCGUACGUGAACCCCGAGCACGUGAAGCCCUACGCCUCCUCGGAAUUCUACAAGCUCCCCGCGCUCCCGCACACAGGGUCGCCAUGCUCGCCGGGCGCGACGUAUCGCAUCGACUGCAACACCUGCUUCUGUCUGGAGACCGGCAACCUGAUGUGCCAGAACCUGCUGUGUCCGAGCUAUGACGAUGUGUACAAGUUUAAGGCUAAAGAGAUGACGGGGAAACCGUGCACAGGCAACGUUACAACAUCAGAGUGCCUCGAGUGUGAAUGCAACGCCGGCAAAUAUAAAUGCGAGCCGAAGCCCCACUGCAAACACACAGACGGACGGAGAAUGCUGCACGGAGACUACCCAUCUAAACUUGACAGGAACUUUAUAGACCCGAACCGCCUGACGGAGAAGUGUCCACCUGGCAUGACCUAUAAGGUCCACUGCAACAAAUGCUACUGCCAGGACGACGGUUCUCUCCGCUGCACACAGAAAUCAUGCCUCAACCGCUCAGAGAUUGAACGCCUCAAGAAACUUCGCUUGCAACUGGACAAGGAGGACCCAGAUGAUUAGCACGUAACCAGUACUGGGUACGUAGCCGAAUGGCACAAACGCUCAAGAAACUAAACGCUCAUAGAUAUCUAUCUCUAUCGCGCUUGC